ACCACUGUUUGUUCUCCUCGGGAAGUUAUUGAGAAUGGGGGGAGAGAGAGGGAUGGAGGAGAAAGGGAGAGGUCAUCAGCAGAGUGGGCAUUAGCCUUACAACCAUACUAUGCAGCCGUGGAAUCUAUGAAGCUGUUUCUCAGUUCUAAGACAGCUUAAGGUUAAACAACUGAAGUGGAGUAAGGAGAGGUCACAUACUCAGGAAGAGGGAUUUAAUUAUGGCACUCCAUUCACCAUCUGGAGAACUUCAUGCCUCAGUAAAUGGAAUGGUUUCCAAAGGCCUUCCCACAUAGGCAUUGUUAUCAUUGUUAUCUCCUAAAUUCUGGGCAAUGCCUUGAGAGACUCUUCUAUUUGUCAUCUACUUCCUGGAACUCUUGAAAGAUUCCAUGCAUACUGUCCACUUGGCAUCUUUGUAGACCCAUGACAAAAACGGGACCAGAAUUCUAAUGGAACACUAACUGGCUCUAGGGGUCUAAACGCAUCAUCUGGAGCAGGGGAAAAGGGAGACAGGAAGUGGCCAAACAAUGGAUGGCUGUUCUGUUCUUCCCAUGGUCAUCAUGAUCUCCAUCAUGACUGGUUUAAUGGGGAGUGGAGUAACAGUGUCCAAACAAAGACCGAGUCAGAGCCAGCUCACUGAAGGCCCCCACGCACCCCAGCUCAGAGCAAAACGUGGCUGGAUCUGGAACCAGCUGUUUGUUGAGGAGGAGGAUCCAACACCAAAGAUAAUUGGUCAGCUGAAAUCAAACUACGACACAGGAGACUUCACAAUCAGGUACAUCCUAACUGGCGAGGGAGCUGGAGAGGUCUUCACCAUCGACGAGUACAGCGGUGAGAUCCAUACUCUAAAGGGCCUCGACAGAGAAGAGAAGGCAUUCUAUGUCCUCCGAGCCCAAGCCAUCGACCGCAGGACUGACCAGCCCGUGGAGCCUGAGUCUGAGUUCAUCAUCAAAGUCCAGGAUAUCAAUGACAAUGCCCCCCAGUUUAUAAACGAACCCUACGUGUCCAGUAUUCCAGAGAUGAGCCCAGUCGGGACGACAGUUGUGCAGGUGACAGCCACAGAUGCAGAUGACCCCAUGUUUGGGAAUAAUGCGAAACUCAUCUAUUCCAUUGUGCAAGGAGAGCCAUACUUCUCAGUGGAGCCCAAAACAGGUAUUAUAGUGACUUCAUGGCCAAACAUGGACAGAGAAGCAAGUGAGAAGUAUCUGGUUGUGGUUCAGGUGAAAGAUAUGCUUGGAUUUACUGGAGGCUACAGUGCUACAACGACAGUGACAAUCACUCUUACAGACGUCAAUGACAACGGGCCUAUGUUCCAACACAAUUUAUACACAUUUGGCAUAGCAGAGUCGGCUCCAGUGGGCACAACAGUGGGCAGGGUAAUGGCAAAAGAUGCAGAUGUCGGCGUGAAUGCCAUAAUGAACUACAGUCUAGUUGGCCUGGAGGAGAACGCCACCUUCAGGGUGCAAACGGACCCUGUCACCCAAGAAGGCAUAGUGACACUGGCUAAACCUUUAGACUAUGAGAGCAAGAAGCGUUUUGCCAUCACCAUAGAAGCCACCAAUGACUACGUCGACACUCAAUUCCUAAGCAUCCAUGAAUCUUCUGACAGGACAAAACUGACAAUCCUUGUGACAGAUGUGGAUGAACCUCCUAUCUUCUCUGCUCCUUAUUAUGAAUGGAAAGUUCUAGAGAAUGUACCUGUUGGAACUGAGGUUGGCACAGUCUAUGCCAAAGACACAGAUGCUGCCAACAACUCCAUCAGAUACUCCAUAACCAAGGGCACUGAGCUGAAGAAAGCCUUCAAGAUUGACCCCAACGAUGGAACAGUGUCAGUAGCUAAGCCUCUAGACCGAGAGACAGCAGCUUGGCAAAAUCUCACUGUCACUGCCAAAGAGAUGAAGGAAAAUCAGUUAUCCUCUUCAGUAUCUGUGUUCAUCAAAGUCCUGGACAUCAAUGACAAUAUACCCACUCUGUCCAGGGAUUACAGACCUUAUGUGUGUGAGGGAACACAGGCAGGGGAGGUCAUCCAGAUUAUCAGUGCUGUGGAUGCAGAUGAGCCAGUAGAAGGCCAUCACUUUUAUUUCUCUAUGGUGCCAGAUAAGCACAUCAAUCCCAACUUCACCAUCAGGGACAACCAAGACAACACGGCAGGCAUCUUGACACGUCGUAGCACAUUUACUCGUCAUGACCGCACAAUGUAUCAUCUCCCCGUGGUUACAGUGGACAGUGGCUCCCCAGCCCUUUCCAGCACAAGCACCCUCACCAUCAGCAUAUGUGCCUGCCAGCCUGCAGGACACUGCCCUACAGGUGGAGUGGAAGCACUGGCCCUCUCUAUGGUUGUCAGCAUGCAGGUCUUACUGGGUCUGUCCGUGUGCUUUGUCCUCCUCGUCGUGCUGUCGUUACUAAUGCUAGCUAUAUGGAGGCACAGGAAACUUCAGCAGCAGAAGCUGGCUGCCCAGGAACUUGACGCAGAGGAUUACUCAGAGAAGGUCUUACACUAUGCCGAAACCAACUCUGCUGAGGACGCAACGUGUCCGAUCCAGCCUGUCCCACUGAGGCCCCACCCACGUCGCCGCGAACGUGGACUCCGAAGGGAGGAAGUGGCAGCGAGCAUCCGCAUGUCACUGCGCCACUCACACCUCAUUGGCCCUGAGGAUGAGGUCUUCCAACAGUUCAUAAUGGACCGACUGGCCGAAGCCGAUAGUGACCCCUACGCCCCGCCAUUUGACUGCUUGCACACAUACACCUUCGAAGGGACAGGGUCCCUCUCAGGCUCCCUUAGCUCUUUGGAGUCCUUGACCUUUGACCCCUGCAUGGAUCAACCCCGUGACCCUGGGCCAUGUUUCUUGAGGCUGACUCCCUGGCUAGGAACAGUAGAUGAUGAGACUUCAUUCUGAACUGUGGAGAAAUGAAUGCGUUUACUUUAGACCUAGCCCUUCAUAUAGUUAGAGCUGACCUCACAUACCUGAAAAGGGUAAAGUGAACAUGUGCAUACUAAAGAAUAUGUAUAAUAUUAUUAAAUGUUUUAUAUUAUUAUAUUAUAUUAUUUGGAUAGUUUAUUGUUGUUGUCAUUGUUUCUUUUGUAUUGCAAACAAAAAAGGUCUUAGUCUAUAUUUUGGUUUGAAAAAAGAGUUACAUUAUAGAUUAUAACAUAUUGCUAUUUAUUUAAACAUUUAACACUUUGGUGAAUUAUCUGUAGUAUUUUGAGCAACUGUAUUAUCAAGUUGAAGGAAAUACAUUAUUUUUUCCACUG